CCCCUCCUCCCUAGCUUUUCUCUGUAGCUUGUACAUCUCUAUAUCUAUGUACAUAUAUGUACACCCAUAUCGCUAGCUCUAUGCAUCAACCACUAGUGCACCAUCUCUUACAUUCUUCCGACAUAUUAAUUCUCUUCUCCACCAGCUGCAGCAUCUUCCUGCUAGCUCACCAACUCAGCUCACUCGUCUCCUCAUCCCUUCUACUUCAACCCUCAAUAUCACCAACAUCAGCCUGUGCCAUUUCCUUCAGCUGCUAUCAAGACUUCUUGGUUAAUCCAUCGCUAAGAUGAAUCUAAUAUCGUUUGAGACGCCUCCUCCCCUUGGUAGGCAAGAGAGCACCGCUGCUACUGCAGCCACCUUCAAGCUGGCAAAGGAAGCGAGUACUAGCGGCACAUGCUUCCACGGCAGCCAUCUAGACCUUAGCCUCGGCAUCUCCUUGUCUCCGGGCGGUGGCUGCGGUUGCGGCGGCGCCUCCAUGGCGAGCUACAAUGGUCGUCGAGGUGUUGGUGAUGUUGGUCGCGUGCAAAGCAGUGGCAUGAUAGCUAGUACCACCAUUGCAAACACGCUUAGCGCAGGGCAUGGUGGUAAUCUUCAUGGCAUUGUGAGUAGCACCAGCAGCAGCUGGACGGCGGCGUUCAUGCCGAGCCCAACCGGCUUCAUGCACCCCUGGAGCCUAGCCGCCCGACAGCAGAAGGCAGCCGCCGAGCAGGACCGGAGCCUUAUGCCGGCGGCCACAACUUAUGUGACAAGCGAUGCUAGUGUCAUCUCACUGCCAUCGGCGGCCGUGGGCUGGCCGCCGGUGCACACCAACCGGCGCCACAUCGUCACGGCCACGAACACACCUAAACCUGACGCCGACAUGGAGCAGCCUGACGGGCCGAAGGACGCAAAGAUGGCCGCCACCACUGCGGAUGAUGAAGAUGUGAAGGGGGCGCCGAGGAGCUCUAUGGUCACCGUCGAACCGCCGCGACAGUCGGCCAACAUGUUCGCCAAGGUGCACAUGGAUGGCUGCCUCAUCGCCCGGAAGAUCAACCUGAGAGCCCACCGCAGCUACGACUCCCUCUCUCGGGCGCUCACCAAGAUGACAAGAAACUUCUUCUGCCCCGCAGAUUAUCCUUGCUCAGAUUCCGGGAAACAAGAACGUGCAAAUAGUGAUGAUUUCAUAUUUCUGUAUGAAGAUUUUGAAGGAGACCGAAUGCUUCUUGGAGAUGUCCCAUGGGAGUUGUUUCUUGCGUCAGCUAAAAAGUUAUACAUUUCCCAUCAUCCAACAUCAGGAGAUACCAAAGGUCAUGACAAAGCAACUAAACUUGAUGCAAGUGAGAAGCUAUAAAUAACUGAAGGUCCUUAGAAGCAACUUGAUCACAUGCCUUUUUUUUGGAUAAUGAAAGAGAGAACUCACCCGACCUAUUCAUCCGAAAUGGAAACAUCAUACUUGAUCGACGACAUAUAUGUGCACAUUAUAUAUGCACUUUUCUUGACCUGGAACUGUAUAGAACUUGUAUCGCUCUUCUGGUGCUACUAAACUAGCUAGACCAGAAGAGUUCGCUUGGUUCAUCUAUGUUAGAAUCUUUAUGAUGGUUAUUAUGUGCAUAUAGUUUUGGGACCUUAGGAAAGGAUUAAUUUUGAAAUCAAGGUGAUGAAUAAUUCUGCUAGAGAUUGUACUUCAAGUCAUCGACUCAAUGCCACUUGUUUAACCACA